AGCUAUUGCGUGCGUAACCUUUGCGGUGGCAUUUCUGGUUUUAAUUUCCUAUCAAAUUCUAGUAGUCGUCGCAUGUGCCAGGUACUAAUAAGCACCCACAGAGUAAAUCUAGCGCGAGUUGGUCUAGUGGUCGGCCCAGGUAGGAGAGAAACGCAGAUCCCAGCGAAAACACUUCUCAUCAUUAUCGCGUAACGGCACCACGGCUCGGAACACUGCCGAGUGAGUGAACACUAAACAUCAGUUUUACCUGUACCUUCUGCGUGUUUAAAGCCGUGCUCCUCCACCUGUGCACUAGUUUGGACUUUAUAGGUGCUACCAACACAAGUCAAAAGAAGACUUUCGCAGAGAGUGACGUUAGACCAAAACGGUAAAGGUGGAUUAUUAGCAUACGCGAUAGACAUCCGCAUGUUUAAAGCUGUUAAAACAUUACAGCUCCCGCGAGUGUGGUGACAGACGUCAAGUGAAACACAAUGUGCAGUGCGUAUUUAUAGCGCGGCGAUCUCGCGAUUGCAAAAAUAUAUUGGCAGUGAAACGUGCGUUCCGUCGCUGGCGCAACACACGCAUCGCGCAUUCUUUGGGUAUCGUUGGGUGUGCGUUCUCAUCGCAUACGUGCAUUGGUAAUUAGUCGGUAGUUACAGGCCACAGGCCGCGGACGCCGUGACGUGUUGGCGCGAUUCGUGCUCGUCGCUGAAAACAAAAAAAGCGCAAAACGAAAACAAAUCUCGCCGAAAGAAGCCAACAAUCGACGUCAUCAAACAUCACAAUCAUCAUCACAAUACGUGAUAAGUGCGAAAUUUUCUCUACUAGAGAAACAAGUUGAAAAUUUUAACAAAGUGAAAUUUUGUGUUGGCCAAUAUGUGGAUGCCCACUCAUGUGCAGGUCACAGUUCAAAAGGCCGUCGAUCUCAUCACGAAAGGCAAAAACAACACCAACGAUUGCUUUGUGACGAUCGCGCUCGGCAAAACCAAGUAUCAGACAUCGGUGAAGAAGAAGUCCGAACCGAGUGUAGAAUGGCACGAAGAAUGCGAACUUCCGAUCCCGGAGCAAGGCAACACCGCCGAGAUAGUACUCACGGUACUCCAUCAAAACUUUAUGAAUGUGGAUGAGUUUCUAGGCAGGGCCAUCAUCCCCCUGAAUGGUUUGGACACCUAUGAAAGGCCUAAAAACAAAUGGUUUCCAUUGCAGGGUAAACCAGGUAAAUCGGAAAAACCCCGAGGUCGCCUGGAGGCUAAAAUAGCAUUCACAGUAAAAUCCGGAAGUCUCACUGACCUUUCAAAGAAAGAAAAACAUAAAUCUUCAAUUGGGUCACUCUCCCAUAUGGCCCAGACAGUUGGUGGAAGUCUCCUGAGUAUUGGAAGCGCAGAUAAACGCAAAGGUAUCAAAAAGAUCGCCAAAUCAAUCGGGUCUAAAAUGCAUCUCAGAGGAAAAAAGGGCCACAAAGACGAAGAUGCCAACUCUAUAGGCAGCGGUAGUCUUUCAAACCUUCGACGACAUGGCGUGCUAUUAGAUAAUACAAGCCACAGUAGACAGACCUAUGAAGAUGCAGACCCAGGAGUAGUUAGUGACGAAGACGAAGAUUUCUUGUUCGAUGACCUCUCACAUAAAUCAUCUGGCAGUUCCCUGAACACUUCCCAAGUCCCAAAAAUCACCGAAGAGUUUAUGGACAAACCAACCUUACCUCCCAGCAAACCCCCACGCAUGGAACCCAAACAAGACGAGUGGGAAAUGAAGCUAAACAAGAACAAAAACUCAUUAAAACCCAGCGCAGCCGCUGAAAACAUAAAUCGAAGAUCAUGGGAGUCACCAAAAUUAUCUGACAGAAUCGAGGAGGAAGAAGACCCGCAUGACCUAUCACAAAGUCUACAAGAGAUUCCAAUCGAGGAGAAUAUUCUAACGAGUAAAACUCCGAACAAAACUCCAGAGCUUCCACACAAGGAGAAAGAAAAGGAGAAGUUAAAGGAGAGCAUGUUUACAAAACUGCGGAAUUUGCGUAAAGAUAAGCACGAGGACAAGCACGAUAAGCACGAAAGAGUCAUCAUCGGCGGCGAAAGCGAACUUAUCAACUCGACCAGCUCGAACAAUCGCAUUUCUAAUGAACUUUUAUUGAAAUACGAAGGAAAAACACGCGAGGAUCUGAUAUUAUUACUAAACGACACCCAUUCUGACCUGGAACACAAUAAAAAGAAGCUCAAAGACCUAGAAGACUAUCUUGACGAACUCCUCCUGCGAGUGAUGGAGACACAGCCGAAGAUCCUCCAAAAUCCCUACGUAAAUUGCAAGCUGGCGCAUAAAAAAUGGCUAGAAAGCAACGAUGGUUAGUGACUAACAUAUAAUGUUUACGUAAACGAAGAAUCAAGAAGAUGUGCUUUGCGCUAUGCUAUCGUGGAAUAUUUGGAUGUUUUGUUUAUUAUUUUAACGACGAGUGACGCAUCAUCGUAAACGUUUCUGUGAUCCAACAAAUAUCUAUGGAGUAUAUCAACGAUAACGAUGAUCGAAAAAAAAUAUAUCACAAGCGAGAUUUAUCGCGCUACAGAUUGAAGAGAUAAUACUUUAUAUUAUUUAUAUUAAUGCAUAGAUUUUUAACUUUUAACGAAAUAUUUACACGUUGACGGUUGACGAAGCGGCUGAUUUACGACGUUUUGUUUUGUUCUGGUCUUCCCAGUCAUUCAGAAUAAGAUUUUCUUAGAAAAACGUGAAAGGAGAAGAGUGAGAGGCCUUAAAAUUAGAUUAGGAGUAUUUACACGGUCGUGAGAAGUAGUAAAAUGAGAAAGAAACAAGUUUGCCUUACGAGAAGUGACUUAAGUCAAAGCGGAGCAGUGUGCUAUCAUAAUCAUCACGGUUGUUUUCAUUUUAAGUGAAUGAACAUCACUGGUCUUAUAGAUCUAAAAGUGUCGUACUAUUUUUUUUUUAACUUUAAGUCUUACAUGGUAGCGAGGGAUAUUUUGUUAUCAAUUUACAUGCGUUUGUUAUUAUGUUAUCAUUUAUCAACUAAUGUCCAAAAUAAACCAAGUCUUUAAUAAACCUCUACAAAUUCAAAAACAAUAAA